CGUUUCUGGUCGCAUUAUUUAACGCAGGUGCGGUCGGUGUCAAGGAGCAUUAGCUCUGCUCGCUCACGAAUAGCGGAUACCAGUUCCACCCAUAAGCUUACGAGAUGGAAGAAGAAACCCUAAAUUCAGCAAACCAACAGUCCACUGAAGCACCGAUGGAAGAAGCGGAACAGCAAUCCGACUCCGAGCAUCAGAAUCCCACGAACCCUCCCGACGCCGGUUCGGAUUCCGAAUCCGACUCCGACUCCGACGACGAAGCCCGGGAGACGCUCCAAAUUGAAACCCUAGAAGCGGAGCUCGCCAGUAACCCUUCCAACUACGACGCGCAUGUUCAAUACAUAAGGGCUCUGAGGAAAAAGGGGGAGAUUGAGAAGCUACAUGGGGCGAGGGAGGCCAUGAGCAAGUUGUUUCCGCUGAGCCCUACAAUGUGGCAGGAAUGGGCUAAGGACGAAGCAACUUUGAGUUCAACCCUGAGUUCUGGAUCCGAGUCUUUCCAUGCAAUUGAGAAGCUUUACGAGCGUGGCAUCUUCGACUAUCUGUCUGUCUCUUUGUGGUGUGACUAUUUAAAUUUUGUUCAAGAACAUGAUCCAUCAGUGCGUGAAUGGUCACCUGAGGGUAUUUCAAAGGCUAGGAAACUGUUUGAGCGUGCUAUUACUGCAGCUGGUCUACAUGUUGCUGAAGGUACUAAGAUAUGGGAAGCAUACAGGGAGUUUGAGCUAGCUGUCCUUUGCACUAUUGGUGAGACUGAUGUUGAGGCAAGAGAAAAGCAAGUCCAGCGCAUUCGGAAUAUAUUCCACAGGCAAUUGUCUGUUCCACAUGGUGACUCAAAGUCGACACUACUUGCCUACAAAUCUUGGGAGGUAGAACAAAGGAAUGCUGUUAAUGACAACUCAAAUGACUUGGACGGAAUUCCUUCUCAUGUUGCCUCCUCAUAUAAAAAAGCAUUGGAAAUGUUAAAUGCUCGCAUUCAUUUUGAGGAACAAAUUUCUAAGCAGACUGUACCUGAUGUGGAAAGACUUCAAGAAUACAUGGCCUAUCUGAAAUUUGAACAAUCUUCUGGAGGCCCAGCUCGGGUUCAAAUUCUCUAUGAACGUGCCGUAACCGAAUUUCCUAUAUCUAAUGAUCUCUGGCUUGAUUAUACUCGAUAUCUUGACAGAACCUUAAAGGUUGGUAGUAUUAUAAAGGAUGUUUAUUCCAGGGCCACGAAAAACUGCCCCUGGGUUGGAGAACUUUGGGUACGAUACUUGCUGUCCCUUGAAAGAUGCCAUGCUUCUGAGAAAGAGAUUGCUUUGGCAUUUGAAAGGUCAUUGUUGUGUACUUUUUCUAGCUUUGAGGAGUACUUGGAUAUAUUUCUCACUAGGGUUGAUGGCAUAAGGCGAAGAAUAUCACAAGCUGGUGAAGCAGGGGAUGCGUUGGAUUAUGCACUAAUAAGGGAGACAUUUCAGCAUGCAUUUGAUUACUUAUCACCCCACCUCAAGGGCACAGAUGCUUUAUUGCGAAUGCAUUCUUAUUGGGCACGGUUGGAGUCAAAGUUGGGAAAUGAUUUAGUUGCAGCUCGUGGAGUCUGGGAGAGCUUACUUAAAAACAGUGGCUCUGCAUUAGAAGCCUGGCAAGGUUAUAUAGCUAUGGAGAUUGAAAUGGGCAACAUUAGUGAAGCUAGAUCGCUUUACCGGAGAUGUUACAGUAAAAGAUUUCCAGGGACAGGCUCGGAGGACAUAUGCCAUUUGUGGUUAUGCUUUGAGAGGGAAUUUGGCACACUGGAAGAUUUUGAUUAUGCUUUACAGAAGCAGGUGACUCCUCGUUUAGAAGAACUGCAGUUGUUCAGGUUGCAGCAGGAGAGUAAAAACAUUGACACAAUAAAUAAUCUGAGAGAGCCCUCCAAGAAAAGUGCACGGGAAAGGAAAAGGCAGGGCCAAAAUAUAGCUGAUGAACAACCAACAGCUAAGCGACAGAGAGAUACAGUGUCAAACAUCACAAAAGCACGUGAAAGGGAUAAGGCUCCAGAGGACUUGGUUGAAGCUAAUAAAAUUGAAAGUUUCCCAGUCCAUGAUGUCAAAACUAGCACUAUACAUGAAAAAGAGAAGAAAGAUUUUAUCCCUGAAAAACACAAGUACAAUGACCAGUGCACUGCUUUUAUAUCAAACCUUAGCCUUAAGGCAACUUAUGAUGAUCUGCGUGGUUUCUUCAGUGAUACUGGUGGAGUGGUUGGUAUUCGCAUUUUAAAGGACAAGUACACAGGAAAAUCAAGGUUACAUGGCAGUUUGGAUGUAACAUCCUGCAUCGAGCGAUAGGAAGGAUCGGGACAACUUACCUUAAUGGGCCUACACAAACUUAUCAGGGGGUCACCCAUCCUUGGAUUACCCCAGGUCAAGCACACUUAACUUGGGAGUUCUUUGCCAACAUUCAGCCCAAAAGGUAUCUAGCUGGUGUUGUUUCCUUCCUUGCCUAUCCUCGAUAUAUACUAUUCUUCUCUGGGCUCCCGGGGUAUUACACUGGAUGGUUUGACAAAUGAUGUAAAUUUCUGGGGCACUCACCCUACUUCACUAUAAGAAACAUGCUUCACCACAUGCUCUAUGCUGUUAUGCAAUUGGGGGGAACAGCACACUUGUAUAGGUUCAGUUUUUCAGUUUUGGAAUCUAAGGUACUUAAAAGCAAUUUUCUUUUUACGAUUAGGGAUCCGAUAAAAAUAAUAGUCUAUAUUUAAUCAUGCAAUCGUAUUUUCUUGUAUAUAAUAGCCAUUUAAUUUUUUAUAUUUCUUUUUCAUGCAAAGUUUCCAUUCUCCUUAAUUUUAUUUUCCCCCCAAAAGAUCAUAUUGGGUUGUAAAAUUCUUUGUUUUGGAAGAAAACCUACCAUAUUUCAAGAUGUGUGCAAAAAUUUACAAUUUGCCUAGUUAUAUUAUCUUUCUUUUUACUGGAACACUGCCCAACAUAGGAAGCUACUUUAUGAUGUCUAAUAAUCACAAUUGCAAUGUUCAUGCUAGCAUAAUUGUUGUGGCAUUUUAAAUGUUCCUAUUAUUUUAGCAGGUAACUGUUAGUGUUCUCUUGUGUUUUUAAUUGUCCUUCACUUUUUAGUGGGUGUUUUAGCAUACCACUUUUGUAGUCAAUUAAUUGUGGAACAUUAUUUAAAAAGUUUUUUUUUUUCUCUCUCUCUCUCUCUCUGACAUUGACCUUCUCAUUGUUAUUUCUCUUGCAAUUUCUGUGUCGUGACACUUCUGUUCCCCUUUAACAUUGAUCCCUUAUUGUUUUGUAGUAGUUUAUGCAGGUAUAAGGGAACCCCUUAUUAUCCAAAAUCGCUGUCUUUACAUUUAUUCCCCUUGAACUAGAGCUGAAAUAUCAUUUUCUUCAUUUUGUGGCCAUUGGUAUGGUCAUUACACAAAGCAUGUGAUAGAAGCAUUAUCAGAUGCCAUCUCUUUAAGAAAUCCUUUUUUCCACAAUGAAUAAAAAGUGGUUCAAUUGUCAUUGUUGAUUUGGAGCUUGAGUUUUGGCCAUGGAUUUGAUGAUAAUGGCUCCAAUUAUGAGUGGGUUGUUUGUCAAUGAAAAAUGCAGUUAUGUUUUUAUAUCCAGGCCAGAGAUUUUUCAAAUGCCUUCUUUCUAUUGCUAGCAUCAAUUAUGGUGAUUGAGGCUUUUGUCUUAUGCAUUGUGCAUGUCUGAAUAAAGUGUGAUAUUUGAUCUUCUUGUUGAUCUAGAAAUAAAGUGUACCGUUGUAUUUGUGGGAAUAUGCAAUGAACUGUUGAAAUAUUAGUAUAGAAUAAGUACUUGGGGUAAAAAGGUGAGGGGAGGCCUUUUUGAUACUGGUGAAGUUUUUGAUUCCCAUGCUUUGUCGGUUGCAUAUGUAUUAAUUACUGUUUAAUCCAAUCAAUUUCAACACAGUACUCCUU